AUUUAAUGAUUUUUGAAAAAUGGUUUAAAAUUUAUUUUGCAAUUAUUGAGAUAUAAUUAAUAUAUUUGGAAUAAACAUUGCACUAGGGGCAUUUUCGUAAUUCUGUGUUUCCUGGAAAAUUAUUUUCCAGUUUUGCCCCUGCCCGAAAGUCUCUUAAUAUAUUUAGGAUGACUUGGUAAAAUUUCAUAAUAUUUGGACCAAUUUAUGAAUUUUUAUGAAUUUUAGAAAAUAUUACCAACGUAGUAUUUUUCUAGAAUUGUCGGGGGCGAGCGCGGUUCGCCCGGUGUAUGUAUAUCUCUAUUGCCUGUGUGGAUGUAUGAUAUGCAUGGUGGAUGAUUGUGGCUUUAGUUAUUCAUUAUUGAUGUAAUUUAAAUACGGCCUGCGUGUCGUGCCUCAUCUCAAAACUCUUGUUGUAAAUCUAUUUCUCUCUCUUACCUCAACCGAGGAUUCUUUUCUCACGUGGUGGUUAGAAGAUAAAAGGAUUUGAAGUCCGCUCGAGGGAAUCUAAAGGAAUGGAGAUAGCCUGAAGUCCAAAUGCCUGGAAGUCAGUGGGAGGUAUCGUUUUAUUUUUCCUUUAGGGGCCACAAUCAUUACACGUUUAUUUACUGCGUAUUUUGAAUGCAUGUGAAUGUAUGUUUUACGCUAGUAAAUUGACACGUGCGCGGCAUGUGUCGUAGGUGAGAUCGUAAUUAAUAUAAAAUCCCUCAAAAUAUUAAGUCUGUAUUGCCUUCCGGCGCCCGGCACCUUUCCGGCUAAUGUGCACUGUCACGUACUCAGCCCUAGCAGAGGGUAGUACGGUGUAUGUUAUGCUGGUCACGGGAAUCACUUAAGUGGUCAUUGUCAGACGUUGGGUUAGACUUAACUGAGUCUCGGUCAAAUGGAUGGAUGACUCAGAGGCGGGUUUCGUUGGGGUCACUAUACUGACAAGUCGAAUUACUUUACUCACUCAUCGAGCCAGAAGUUGGGUCUCUAUGACUUAAUUGGGCUUAACCCUAACUAAAGUAGUUGUGCAUGUGGUACGUGCCAAAGCCAAUCACAUGUAUAAUGAAACGGUGUUCUGGUCCGUAAGUAGUAUUGUCGUUCGCCCAACACAAGACCAAGAACUAUGAGCGCGGCUCGACAGUUGGAACUAUGUUCCUACCUAAAUAGUUAAAUUCUAGGUACGAACCUCAGGUCAACUAGAAUUUAAUGAUAUAUGGAUCUUGGCCCAUUAAGAGAAUCUCUAGGAGAAUCUCCGAAUCAACAUUGAGGGUUGUUGGUUUGUUAAAAUAGUGGGAAAUAAUUAAUUAAAGGCCUAAUUAAUUAUUCAACAUGAUAGAAAACCUAGUUUGCAAUUUCAUCCUGUAGAUGGCAUCAAAUAACACAUACAGUCAUUCCAUCAACCUGCGGUAUAUCCUCGAGAACCAAAAACUCUCUGGGGAAAACUUUCUUGACUGGGAGAAGAACCUACGAAUCGUUCUUGACUGUGAGAGGAAACUUUACAUCCUCGAAACGGAUCCUCCCAAGACCCCUAAGGCAAAUGCUCGUGCAUCCGAACUGACUUCCUUCAAGAAGUAUGAGGACGACGCGCGAGAUGUUAAGUGUAUCAUUAUGGCAAGUAUGACCGCGGAGCUCCAAAGGCUCCACGCGGACAUGGAAGCGCGUCCUAUGAUACAACGCUUAAGAGACCUAUUACAGGGUCACCCCAAAAACUCGGGUAUUUACGUUAUUGAAGUCAACAUGUCUGAUUUCACCUCUUGGGUGAUGGAUACGGGAUGUGGUUCUCACAUCUGUACUUCUAUGCAAAAUUUGCAUGAAGUUAGACAUUUGACUGAGGGAGAAGUCCAGCUUAAGGUUGGAAACGGAGCACUUGUCAAUGCGCUGGCUGUAGGAACUUAUGUUCUAUCUCUCCCCAGUGGCUUGUUGUUGCAUUUAAACAAUUGCUUGUUUGUACCUGCCAUUAGCAGGAAUAUCAUUUCUGUGUCCUUUCUUGACAAAGCAGGAUUUUCUAUUAACGUAAAAGACAAGUGCCUUUCGGUUUUCAGAAAUGAUAUUUACUAUGCAACUGCUAAGAUGACCAAUGGUCUUUAUAUCUUAGACUUAGACGCCACUGUUUAUAACGUAGAUGUUAAGAGAAGCAAACCAAACAGUUUGAAUCUCACAUACCUUUGGCAUUGUCGUUUGGGCCACAUUAACAAGAAACGCAUAUCUAAGUUAUGUCACUCUGGCGUACUUGAUUCAUUUGACCUCGAGUCUUAUGAUGUAUGCCAAUCUUGUUUACUCGGUAAAAUGACAAAGGCUCCAUUCACCGGUCACGGUGAAAGGGCGAGUGAUGUAUUAGGCCUCAUACACUCUGAUGUAUGUGGCCCAAUCAACACUGAAGCUAGAGGUGGUUUCUCAUACUUCGAAACGAAAGGGUAUGAGUUCUAUCAUCCGACCAAUAACAAAAUCUUUGUUGCUCGGAACGGAACCUUCCUUGAGAAGGAGUUUCUCUCUGCUAUUUCUAGUGGGAGAAAGGUAGACCUCGAAGAAAUUCGAGAACCACAAGAAGAGAUCUCAACAGCAGUGGAACCCGAGCGUCAAGAUUUAGUAUCUCGACUGGCUCGGGUUUUACCACGUAGGUCAGACCGGAUGCGUAAUCCUCCGGUUAGAUACGGUUUCCUUGUAUCUGAUGAAGGUGACGUCUUGCUGGUAGACCAAGGCGAACCUGAGACCUACCUCGAGGCAAUCACGUGCCUCGAAUCCGAACAAUGGCUUAAUGCCAUGAAAUCCGAAAUGGAGUCUAUGUACACAAACCAAGUUUGGACCUUGGUUGAUGCGCCCGAAGGGAUAAAACCCAUAGGUGAGAGUGUGAUAGUAUUCCUAAUCCUAUAUGUCGAUGACAUAUUGUUAAUGGGUAACGAUGUUCCUGCUCUUACGUCUGUAAAGACUUGGUUGAGCGAGAACUUCGCCAUGAAGGACUUGGGGAAUGCUAGUUAUGCCCUUGGCAUAAGAAUCUACCGUGAUAGGUCAAGAAAGUUGAUAGGUCUAUGUCAAAGUACAUAUAUAUAUAAGGUCCUUAAUCGAUUUAGCAUGUUUAACUCGAAAAAGGGAUCCUUACCUAUGAUACCUGGCACGGCUCUUUCCAAGAGCCAGAGUCCUUCUACUCCUGAGCAGAAGGAACUCAUGAUGAAGGUCCCAUAUGCUUCUGCAAUUGGUUCCAUCAUGUAUGCCAUGAUAUGUACUAGACCUGAUGUCUCAUUCGCUUUAAGCGUGACCAGCAGAUACCAGGGGAAUCCAGGUGAAGCACACUGGACAGCGGUCAAGAACAUCCUAAAGUAUCUUCGGAAUACUAAGGAUGCAUUCCUGGUAUAUGGAGGUGAGAAAGAGCUGAAAGUGAUCGGUUACACUGAUGCUAGCUUCCAAACCGAUCGAGACAAUUACAAGUCACAAGCAGGGUAUGUGUUUUGCCUGAAUGGCGGAGCUUUUAGCUGGAAAAGUUCUAAACAGGACACAACCGCCGAUUCAACUACAGAGGCUGAGUACAUGGCUGCUGCUGAAGCAGCAAAGGAAGGUGUUUGGAUAAAGAAGUUCAUUUCUGAACUUGGAGUGGUUUCUAGCAUUAAUGACCCAAUCCCGUUGUUUUGCGACAACACUGGGGCCAUUGCACAGACAAAGGAACCACGAUCUCACCAAAAGACCAAGCACAUUGUACGACGUUAUCACAUCAUACGAGAAAUCGUAGACAGAGGUGAUGUGGAGAUUUGCAAAGUAGGAACAGACGACAACAUAGCCGACCCCCUGACCAAGCCCUUGGGAAAGCUAAAGCAUGAGGGUCACACUAAGUCAAUGGGCAUUCGACCGAUGCCAGAUUGGCCAUAGUGCAAGUGGGAGGUUGUUGGAGUUGGUGCCCUUAUGGCCAACUGCUGUUGUAAUAUCUUAGAUAUUUUCUAUCAUGUAAAGGCAAGAUGCAUUAAGUUUACAAACAUCUCAUACUAAUGUAAACUCUUAAUUGCAUUCCUAGAAUUAUAUUAUAAGAUGUUUAUCAGAAUGAGUCUUCUGAUGUUGAGACUGACAUCUUGUCACUUAGUAUAAUUCUGAACGGUCUAUAGUCGAAGCAUUAACGAGAGCAGGAUAUCGUUAAUGCGCGUGAGACUAGUGAGAGUUAGAUGUUUGACCUAGUCUCUUGGACAAUGACGGAGUGUUCGCAUCUACUCUUGGGCAGAUAUUAUCGUUAAUAAUAAGAUGCCAGACCUGACCCACCUUAAGGGCAUUUCCUAGACUUUUAGUCUAUGCUCUAAGUGUCUUUAAUGCGACUAUUGGUAUAACGAUCCUCAGACUUGAAGUAUUACGUUCUUCGAAUGUGUGAACCUGCAUGCUUUGAUUCAUUGUACUAAGCCGUAUGAAAUAAGGAUGGUACACAGGCUUUGCAUUGGGCAUGCCGCUGCACGUAUUCGAAGACGUAGAUUACGUACAAAGAAUUUGUCACUGCUACUCAAGCAGAAUAAUGUCUUGUGGGGGCCCACUGAUAAGUAUGACUGAAGAAAUGCAUGGCCAUGCUGAGAUGAGUUUAGACAUCUGUUCUCAUCAGUCAGACUUGUUAAUCAGUAAAUAACUUAAUGGCUACAAGUUGGAUAUUUUAUAUCCCUUGCACUAAGUUAAGACAUUGGGACAAAAGGAUCUACGUUAUACAAAGUCUUAGUCGUUGAAAGGUUUUGACGGAGCAAACGUCUGAACUUAUAAUCUAGGGGUAAUAAUGUGUUGCUAGAUACCGCUUAUUACUUAUAGUAUUGGUGUAGAGUCAAUACUGUGGCCAGUUUUAUAAGUGCCUAUAUGGGUCACACACUUUGGACAAUUUAAAGAGUAGGAUUAUAAGAAGGA